AUGGCCUCUACCAGCAAUGACCAAGCCCAGCAGGUUCCCUCCUUCAUAACGGGCCACCACCUCCUCGAAUCGAGCGGAAGCGUUUACAACAAGUCAGAAAGAAACCCCAGCAUCCCAAUCCCGCCUUCCGAGGGCCCCAACCCAUCCCAGCCCACGCCCGGCAACGCCCCUCCCCCCGCCAUGCCGAAGCCAAUCCCCACCGGUCCUUCCCAGCCAGGCGGCGGCAGCGGGCCCGUACAGUACCGGUUCCUCACGCCAACGGAAUGGGCGCGCGUAGCCCACGGCAUCGGGGCGAUCCGCGAGGGCGAGGAGCACCAGGUGGUGCACCCGACGUGCUGGUACUGGCCGCCCAAGGGCCUGCCGGAGGGGCUGUACCGGGACGUGGUGGGCCAGCGGGCCAAGUACUCGCUGGGGUUCCAGCUGCUCAGCGUGGUGCACUGGGUGCUGCUGGUGCUGCAGGUCAUGGUGGGCGCCGCCCUGACGGCGCUGGGCUCCCUCCCCAUGCGCCAGGCCACCCCCAUCACCGCGCUCGCCGCGCUCAGCACCGUGAGCGCGGGCUUGAUUGGUCUGAUGCAUAACAGCGGUUUGCCGGACCGGUACCGUAUGGAUCGCGCGCAGUUUGUUCAGGUGGAGGAUUUUAUGCGGGAGGUCUUGGACACGGGUAUCGUCGAGGCCCAGCAGAAAGUGGAGGACAUCCUCAACGAGUGUUUCACGCGCUUCGCUAACGCCAGAGCCACCGUGAUCUCCAACAAGCCCGAGGUAUACGCCAGCCCGCCGCCGCCCGCUGGCAAGGCCAAUGCCAGCCUCCCCUCGGACCCGCCAACAUCCCCUCGCUCGACUUGA